AUGUCUUUCUCCAAUCUUGUGUCUGAUAUUGCCUUGCGAGACUCGCGACCCGACGAUCGCAGCUCGCAAAUUUCCCAUGCGCAAUCACAGGCUACCGCUCGAUCCUAUACGAGCACUGCAGCUACCAGUGUCAGCAUCUACGGUGACAUCUCAAGUCAGUUACAUGCUGGAUACAGUCACCCUCUCAGCAGAUCAUGGCAGGCAGAACGCCAAUUGACCAAAGAAAUGCUUAUGUACCCAUUAUUCAUCACCGACAACCCUGACGAGGAGACCCCUAUACCAUCUUUGCCAAACCAGUAUCUUCCCUUGCAACCCUCGGCCAAAGAUGCCCUUGGAACUGCUGCCGAUGAUCCAGAGGGCCCGGUGAUCCAAUCAAUUCGGCUGCUCCGGUCUCGAUUUCCCCAGCUCUAUAUCACAACAGACGUGUGCCUCUGUGAGUAUACGUCGCACGGCCAUUGUGGGAUCCUGCGGGAAGAUGGAUCGCUGGAUAAUGCCCAGUCUAUUGAUCGGAUUUCCGAUGUGGCCAUGGCCUAUGCUCUAGCCGGCGCACAUUGUGUUGCUCCCUCUGACAUGAACGACGGGAGAGUGCGGGCCAUCAAGCUCAAACUGAUUGAAGCCGGCUUGGCACAUCGCGUGCUCUUGAUGUCAUAUAGCGCCAAGUUUAGCGGCUGCUUGUAUGGCCCCUUCCGAGAUGCCGCUGGUUCCUGUCCAUCAUUCGGGGACCGUCGGUGCUACCAGCUCCCCCCGGUGGCCGUGCCCGCAAGCAGUUAUCUGGACAUCAUUCGAGAUGCAAAGGAACUAGCCAAUGAUCUCCCCGUGGCUGCCUACCAGGUCAGCGGCGAGUUCGCAAUGAUCCAUGCGGGGGCCAAGGCUGGCGUUUUUGACCUCAAGGCCAUGGCGUUUGAAAGUACCGAGGGCAUUCUCAGAGCAGGGGCUGGCAUUGUGGUCAGCUACUUUGUGCCGGAAUUUCUCGACUGGCUGUAG